GAAGGGGUGCUGCGCGUUCGCGAGGAGAUAAAGUCAACGUGCGUUUCUCCGAUUGCUCGUACCGAUCUCGUUGGAAUCGCUAACGUCAGCAUUAUUCGAGGGUUGUUUUCCCGACCUUGAUACGACCCCGUUCGACGAUUAUCGGCUCACGCUGUGCGAAAGCUGUUCGAGAAGGGAUCGAGCCUGUUUGAUUCAGGGCACCCGCUGAGGUUAGAAAUCGUAGAGAAUAAGAGGGUUUUUCAGGUGCCCAAGAAACGAAGGAAAAAGAAUUUUUCUCAUAUCAGUCGACAAGUGCGUUUUUGUGUAAUCAGUUAGUUAGUUGAAUUUGUGAUUGUUGGUUGUUGUGCUGAUUGUAUAGUCAACGCGCUGACGCACCGUCUAGGAUAUUACACGUACUUGUGAAAAGUGAUUACUUACGCUCGUCGAGGUAUUGAGCUUCGGAAACAUGUGCUGAUUUUUUAAAGGAUUCCACCCAACCGCCGGCAUUGCAGCAGUUGGGAACGAAAAGCUCCGGUGAAUCCCUAACUGCAAAGUUUCGUGAGCGAGAAGUUUGUUGAGAAUCUACAGAAGAAACUAGCCUGGAAACGCAAGGAGAGGUGGUGCUCAGGUGCUAAGUGCAGCGCAGCUGGUGGUUGCCCGGGGCAAGGCGAGUCUGGUCAACAUGACCCUCGUCUUCCUGGCACUGUUGGUGGCGAUCAACCCAAUCCUAACGGCAGCAGACGGGAACUUCAGCGACUUAUCCUACAUCCAUUAUUUAACGCAUCCACCGGAAAUUUUGAGAAGACCGCGAUCGCAGCAUGUCAAGGCUGGUGGAAUAGCGUCGUUUUACUGUGACGCCCGUGGGGAUCCCCAGCCCCAGAUACAGUGGCGAAAAAAUACCAAGAAAUUAACAACAUCCCAGCCUCGUUACUUGGUGCAAUCCUACCCCGGUGGUGCUUUUUUGAGGAUCGAACCUGUGCGCGAUGUUCGAGACGAUGCUACCUACGAAUGUGUUGCUGAAAAUGGCGUCGGCGAUGCCGUUUCGGCUGAUGCCAAGCUCACCGUCCACGAACCGGAAAAUUUGCCUCCCGGUUUUCCGAUGAUCACUCAGGCGCCCACGACUAAGGUAGUUGAAAUCGGGCACAGCGCAGUGCUAUCUUGCGCCGCUGUUGGAUCGCCAAGACCCAUUAUCUCUUGGGUCCGAGACAUGAUGCCCAUCGACACGAAUAAUCCCCGAUACUCAGUGCUGGACAGCGGAGCUCUUCAGAUCACUGGAUCUCAAGUUGAGGAUCAGGGGAAGUACGAAUGCGUCGCAAACAAUUCUGUGGGUACGGAAUACUCCAAGUCUACUCUGCUCUACGUCAAAAUUCGUCGUGUAUCUCCCCAAUUCUCCAUACCUCCGCCUGCGGUGAACGACGUUGUUCUCGGCGCGUCUUUGAACAUCACGUGUGUGGCUUUUGGCGCCCCGAUGCCAUACGUCAAAUGGCGUAAAGAUCCAGCCACCGAUUUGACACCCGAGGACAACCUGCCUAUCGGGAAGAACGUACUCUACUUAACCGAUAUUCAAGAGAGCUCGAACUACACUUGCAUUGCUGCCAGCGAUCUGGGAAUCAUUGAAGCUGGAACUAUGGUCAAAGUGCAAUCUCUGCCAGUGCCACCGGAAAAUAUCCAAGUAUCUGACAUCACGGCAACGUCUGUUAAACUGACUUGGUCCUACAAGGGACCCGACGAGUUACAGUACUACGUAAUCCAGCAUAAACCCAAGCAUGCCAACCAGGCUUAUUCUGAGAUUUCCGGAAUCACAACCAUGUACUAUCACGUGCGAAGUCUCAGCCCCUACACAGAGUACGAGCUCAUCGUCAUUGCCGUCAAUAACAUCGGACGUGGUCCCCCCAGUGCGCCAGCGAUUGUUACAACGGGUGAAACAACGGAAUCGACAUAUGGAGGUGCCAAACCGGGAACCGCACCCCGCAACGUUCAGGUUCGGCCGCUGAGCUCGAGCACGAUGGUCAUUCAAUGGGAUGAGCCAGAAACACCCAACGGUCAAGUAACGGGGUACAAAGUCUACUACACGACGGAUUCGAACCAGCAAAUGGCAUCCUGGCUCUCCCAAAUGGUAGACAACAACCAGUUGACUACUAUUUCUGACCUCACUCCGCACACCAUCUAUACGAUCAGGGUUCAGGCACUGACUAGCGUCGGUCCAGGACCUCUGAGCACUCCGGUUCAGGUGAAAACACAACAAGGCGUGCCCAGUCAGCCAAACAUGCUGCGAGCGACUGAAAUUGGGGAGACCAGCGUAACGCUCCAAUGGAGUAAACCGGCUCAUAGCGGAGAAAACAUUCUUAGCUAUGAGCUUUACUGGAACGAUACCUACGCAAAGGAGAAGCACCAUCGAAGAAUACCGAUCGGUGAAACUUAUACACUGACCGGGUUGUACCCGAAUACUCUCUACUACGUUUGGCUGGCAGCUAGAAGCCAGAGAGGUGAAGGUGCCACGACUAGCCCUUAUCCUGUUCGCACCAAACAGUACGUCCCUGGCGCUCCGCCCCGCAAUGUAACCGGACAAGCUGUCAGCCCGACAGCAAUUUUGGUCUCUUGGGAACCCCCGCCAGCUGACAGGUCAAACGGAAGAAUAGCCUACUACAAACUGUUCGCGGUGGAAAGCGGGAGAUCCGACUCUGAGGCCUCCGUUAUCAAACUCAACGCAACUAGCUUCGUUAUGGACGAACUUAAAAAGUGGACUCAGUAUCGGAUUUGGGUUUUGGCUGGCACCAGUGUUGGUGACGGACCCCCUAGUUUUCCUACCACUGUCCGCACUCACGAAGAUGCUGAAAAAAUGCCCGGAGACCCUCAAGACGUUAAAGCGACUGCGAUAAACUCAACAGCCAUUCAUGUGGUGUGGAAACCACCCCUAGCAAAGGACAGGAAUGGUCUGAUUCGUGGGUAUCAUAUACACGUUCAAGAAGAAAGAGAAGAGGGAAAAGGUUUCUUGAACGAUCCCAUGCGUCGAGAAGUUCUCGAAGACGUUUCGGAGUUAAACAUUACCGGGCUACAACCUGACACAAGGUACUCGGUCCAAGUCGCUGCUUUGACUAGAAAAGGAGACGGCGAUCGGUCUCCGCCAGUCCAUGUUCAGACUCCAGGCGGUGUACCUAACAGGCCGCAAGUGAAUUUAAAAGUCAUGGAGAGAAACCCUAUAGUCCUAGAAUUGGAAUGGGGCCGUCCAAGCGAGACUUACGGAGAACUUUUGGGGUAUAGAAUACGAUACGGUAUCAAGAAUCAGACAUUGAAGGAGGAAUUCCUCGAGGGUACUCAUAGAGAUACCCACAAAAUUACGGAUCUUGAAGAGCGAGGUGUAGAUUACGAGUUCAGAGUCGCUGGGCAAAACCAUAUUGGUUUUGGUCAGGAAACAGUACGGAACUGGUUCAGUCCAGAGGAUGCGCCUUCAGGACCGCCUACGAAUUUGUCGUACCACUUUCAAACGCGGGAUACCGUCUGUGUCACUUGGGAGCAGCCAUCUCGUCACCAUAGGAAUGGUCAGAUAAUUCGCUACGAUGUACAGUUCAACAAGAAAAACGACCACACAACAACAAUAGAUAGAAACACGACGCAGACGAGAGCUGUUUUUACAAAUCUCGAAGAGAAUACGGAGUAUGUUUUUCAUGUCAGAGCCUACACGUCUAAGGGUGCCGGUCCCUUCUCUGAAAAGAUCACAAUAUUGACUGAAAAAGACGUUGGAAGAGCUCCGAUGUCCGUCAAAGCGGUAGCUACUUCAGAAUCCAGUGUCGAAGUGUGGUGGGAGCCUGUACCUAAUCGGGGAAAAAUAAUUGGGUACAAAAUUUUUUACACCAUGACAGCCGUCGAGGAUCUUGACAAGUGGCAACAAAAGACCGUUGGUGUUACGGAGUCCGCAAACCUAGUUAAUUUAGAAAAAUAUGCUCAAUACGCGGUCGCCGUAGCAGCCCGGUACAAAACGGGUCUCGGAAGGCUAAGUGAUAAGGUCACGGUGAAGGUAAAGCCAGAAGACGUGCCGUUGAACUUGAGAGCACCUGACGUAUCGACCCACUCAAUGACGCUGCUAUGGAAGCCACCGAUAAGACUGAACCCAGCCAACUACACUAUAUCCUUCGAUGCAAUCAAGGAAUUUGUUGACUCUCAAGGUAUAACUCAGAUCCAGGUAGUUCAGCGUAAACAAAUCGUUGUCGAUCCACAAACCACUACAACUACCGUAAACGAACUAGCUCCAUUCACAACGUACAAUGUAAAUGUUACGGCGGUUCCUUCGGAUGGGCAGUACAGACCCCCUGCCAAAAUCACCGUUACUACUCAGAUGGCUGCACCUAAGCCAAUGGUGAAGCCUGAUUUUUAUGGAGUCGUCAACGGCGAAGAAAUUCAAGUGAUAUUACCUCAGGCAUCCGAAGAAUAUGGACCUAUUUCGCAUUACUACUUGAUCGUUGUGCCCGAAGAUACAGCAACUGCUAACAAACAACCGGACGAAUUGACCGAAGAUACGAUAUCGAACCUCGGUGGUAAACAGGAAAGGGAAAACGCGCCUUACAUUGCUGCCAAGUUUUUGCAGAGGAAUAUCCCUUACACGUUUCACCUCGGCAGUGGAGGCUUAUACGAAGGUUUUGUCAAUAGGAAAUUGGACAGGAACAAGCGAUACAGGAUUUUUGUACGUGCCAUUGUGGACACACCACGAAAGCAUCUGUACACGUCGUCCCCAUUCUCGGAAUACCUGUCUUUGGACAUGAGGGAAGUUCCUCCUGGUGAGCCACCAAGUAGGCCGAACCCUAACAUUCCAGUCGAUGGACAUCCAGAAGUGUCCGUUACGAAUAGCGGACAAGAACCAGGGAUGGUUUGGGUGGUCGGUCCAAUCAUUGCAGCUCUUGUGGGCAGCGUAUUCAUGGUACUUCUGUUCGUUGUAAGAAAGCGCAGACAGCCCUGCAAAGCUCCUGAUCAGGCGGCCGUCACUCGUCCUCUAAUGGCAGCGGACAUAAGCUCAAGCCACGCGCCUUCAGAUCCCGUCGAAAUGCGUCGACUAAAUUUCCAGACACCAGGAAUGAUCUCGCACCCACCGAUACCAAUUAGCGAGCUAGGAAACCACAUCGAGCGCUUGAAAGCCAAUGACAAUUUGAAAUUCAGUCAAGAAUACGAGUCGAUUGAACCGGGACAGCAGUUUACAUGGGACCAUUCAAACAUGGAAGUAAACAAGCCAAAGAAUCGCUACGCCAACGUAAUCGCGUAUGAUCAUUCCCGGGUGAUUCUUCAGUCCCUGGACGGAAUGCUGGGAUCAGACUACAUAAACGCGAACUACUGCGACGGGUACAGAAAGCAAAACGCAUACGUCGCGACCCAGGGUCCUCUCCAAGAUACGUUUGCUGAUUUCUGGAGAAUGUGUUGGGAGUUGAGGACAAGCACCAUAGUGAUGAUGACGAAGCUCGAAGAGAGGACCAGAAUCAAGUGCGACCAGUAUUGGCCAACCAGAGGCGCUGACACGUAUGGUCAGAUGACGGUAACCAUCAGCGACGUACAGGAACUGGCCACGUAUUGCAUCAGAACCUUCCAAGUAUGCAGGAAUGGCUACUCUGAGCGACGCGAGAUCAAGCAGCUCCAGUUCACAGCUUGGCCUGACCAUGGGGUACCGGAACAUCCUGCACCGUUUUUGCAGUUCUUACGCCGCGUCAAAUCCCUCAAUGUACCUGACAGCGGGCCGCUAGUGGUUCACUGCAGCGCCGGAGUAGGAAGAACAGGCUGUUUCAUCGUCAUUGACUCCAUGCUGGAACGCAUCAAGCACGAGAAGAUGAUAGACAUUUACGGUCACGUAACGUGUCUCCGUGCGCAGAGAAACUACAUGGUCCAGACCGAAGACCAGUACAUUUUCAUCCAUGACGCACUGCUGGAGGCUGUGAUUUGCGGUAACACCGAGGUACCGGCGAGAAACCUGCACUCCCACAUUCAGAAGCUGAUGCAACCCGAACUGGACAAUAUAACGGGAAUGGAACUUGAGUUCAAAAAGUUGUCAAACAUAAAGGCUGACUCGACAAGGUUCAUAUCUGCAAACCUUGCGUGCAACAAGCACAAAAAUCGACUAGUUCAUAUUCUUCCAUACGAAUGCACUAGAGUCUGUCUUCAGCCGCAGCGAAACAUCGAGGGAUCCGACUACAUAAAUGCCAGUCUGAUAGACGGAUACAGAUACCGCGGUGCCUACAUAGCCACUCAAGGACCGCUAAACGACACGACUGAUGACUUUUGGCGCAUGCUGUGGGAGCACAAUUCGACGAUAGUCGUUAUGUUAACAAAGCUCAAGGAAAUGGGUAGGGAAAAAUGCCACCAGUACUGGCCCUCCGAUCGCUCAAUAAGGUACCAGUGUUUCGUGGUGGAUCCAAUCGCCGAAUAUAACAUGCCGCAGUACAUACUCAGGGAAUUCAAAGUGACUGAUGCACGAGACGGAGCCAGCCGUACGGUUAGACAAUUCCAGUUCAUAGACUGGCCGGAACAAGGGGUGCCCAAGUCGGGAGAUGGAUUCAUAGACUUCAUAGGACAAGUGCACAAGACGAAAGAACAAUUCGGCCAGGAUGGACCCAUCACGGUUCACUGCAGUGCCGGUGUUGGGCGCACCGGUGUUUUCAUCACCCUGAGCAUCGUCCUCGAGCGUAUGCAAUACGAGGGUGUUGUCGAUAUCUUCCAAACAGUUAGAAUACUCCGUACGCAACGUCCUGCUAUGGUUCAAACGGAGGACCAAUACCAAUUUUGCUAUCGAGCAAGCCUUGAAUAUUUGGGCUCCUUCGAUCACUAUGCCAACUGACGAGCAGAAACAUGCGAUCGAAGGGAAAGGCAACAGCAGCGAAAUCACGAUUCCGGAGAUCAGGCGAGAAUACGUCGUGUAUAGAAUUGCGAGUGACUCGUUGGUGAGUGUGAAAAACGAUGUGACAAAUAAGAUAUUAAUAUGGCUAUCGAUGACUGGCGAUGGCUGAAACACAUAGGAUGUUAUAUUCUUAUUUUACAGAGACUUAUAUUACGAUCGUAGCUUAGUAAAAUGUUAAGAUAAGUUCCAACAAGUGUUUAAAAACAGUGACUAUGUAGUUAGUGUUAUAAUGAUUAGUAAUAGUAAAAGCGAAUGCAGGAGAAGCAAUUUCGAAAGGAAAUUUUCAUUGUUAUCGUUUUGUAGAGUGAUGAGUGUCUGCGCUGUAAUAGUAACGAAAAGAAGGUAAAGUAAACGAAUUAAUAAAACCAAGAAGAACGAUGAUUAAUUAAAAAAAAAUUUGAUAAAAUAUUCGGUAGUUUACUAAAGAACAAUUUUUACCGCAAAUUUAACGAUCUGUAGACAAGCGAUAACUGGCGUAUCGUCAAUUCCACCGUUAUUGUUAGGACUAUAUUAAUACCAUAUGUAGAGUCAUCUCAACUGUAGUAUCUAAUAUUGUCGACGUGAUGAAUUUAAAAAAUUUAAUUACAUUCCAGCUUACAGUAAUGACGUCCGAUUGUGAGUCUGUCUAAUUUUUCCCCAGUAGCUAUCUACAACAAUUAGUUAAUAUUUUCUAGAUUAUUACCCAUGCGCGUUAUAAUCGCAGAAGCACGACGGAUCGUUACAAAGAGAUUGAAUAUCGGGCAUUCCAUUUCAAAUUUACCCCUUUUUUCUCACCAUUUUUGAUUCGUUCCGCGAUUUUUUAUACGAUUCUACCAUUU